CAUAGCAAUGUCAGUCGGAGAAGGUUUAUCUUCAGCAACCAACAACGAAGAGGGCCAGGAUGUAAAUAACCAGGUGCUCUUAGAGGGUGAGUGUUCGUCAGAGAGCUCGCGAGCGAAGCCGUCCCGGAAGCGAUGCGCUUGGAGCUCGUGGAAAUCAUUCAUGUUGGAUUCUUGGGUUCUAGAGAUUGUAUCGAUGAUAUUCUCUACCGCGUGCUUCAUCGCUAUCGUCGCAGUUCUCAUCGCGUUUAACGGAAAAAAGCGACCGAAUAUCUCCUACGACCUAUCCCUCAAUACAAUAGUUUCCAUGUUGGCGACCGCGUCCAAGUCAUCCUUGGUAUUUGCGGUAGGUGAGGCAAUCAGCCAACUAAAAUGGGUUUGGUUCCAAGACCGUAAGGAACUUGUUGCAAUGCAAGUGUUUGAGGAUUCCAGUCGGGGGCCAUUAGGUUCCAUCACCCUCUUGGGGCAUCACAAAGGCCGAUCGGUAGUCUCUCUCGGUGCCAUCAUUCUGGUCCUCAUGUUAGCAUUCGACCCAUUUAUUCAGCAGAUCUUGAGUUACCCGACCGAAUCGAUCGCAGAUCAGCCUCAAACGACAAGCACAACGGGUUCUGAAAAUCUUGCCUUUGCACCUCAAAUCAAGUACUUCGAUUCAGCCAACGUAUCCAAAACCGACUGGAAUGGUGCAUCCUAUCUUGGGGUCUGGUCCUCUGAUUUUGGCAUCCAACCUCAAUGCCCUUCGGGCAACUGUACCUGGCCAAUCUACAAGUCUCUCGCAAUGUGCAAUAAAUGUGCUGAUCUGACGUCUGUUGCAACCCUCAACUGCCCUACUCCAGAAUGGAAUAGUACGGGUAACGCGAGCGGUAGUUACUCGGGUAAAUGUGAGGUCGUGCUUCCACAAGGGCAUUCAUCCGCAACUACUGUCACCCUCAAUGUUGCAGACGGAACUAUUUCGAAUACAGAUCUUCAAACAGCUAUGAUUUGGGAAGUUUACAAUGAGGACGAUAAGUACGAUAAUAAGACUUAUCUAAACAUUAAUAGGCCUCAAAUGGUGUUGGCUGAAGCCUCUCUUGGUCUCGAUGAUGACAAGAUCGCAAAUCAGUCUAAUAUGGUACCAGGAAUUUACAUAGAGCACGUGACUGAAUGCGCCAUAUCAUACUGCAUUCAGGAUUUUGAUAUCUCGGUCCACAACGGUUAUACUACCUUUCAAAGGGGAUCGAGUGACUUUGGUCAGGAGUUGUCGCUAAAUAAUCCCCUAACCGGAAUCACUACUUUGUGCUGGGCGCCUAGUGGAACUCCAUCUGACGUGAGGAUCUAUACAAGUACAAUCGGCAAUGAAUCGAUUGUCAUGAAUACUUCGGAUUUUGUUAGGGUUAGGGUUACUUAG